GUCACAACAUUCUCCAGACACCAUGACAGACGACUACGAGCCUGGCCACCCCGACGCCACGAUUCUCGUGCUACACGAAGCCGAGCUCGAUCCGUCUCCGUUUCUCUCUCGCAUCAUAGGAGAGGAGACCAACGGAAGCGGCGCCGAGCAAGCGGACUCCGAGGCCGAGGCGGGAUUGACGCCCUGGACGAUCUCGAACAAGUACUACACUGCUUCGGUCUCGUUUCGCGCACACCCGCUGCACCUUCCCCUGCCAGAUCCACACCCCGUUGUCCUCUACCUCUUCUCCGGCGCCGCGCCCAGCCCCCUUCCCCCCGCACUGACGCGUCUUUCCGUCGCAGAUCCGGCGCCAGAUAUCGCGCUCGCAGUGCGUCUCGGAGCCGAUUCCUCUCCAGAAGACGACGAGGAGCGCUUCAAUGAGCUGGGCUUCGAGCUGGUGGAUGAGGCAGGCGAUCCAGAAGACGAUGACGAGCGACCACUCGAUCCUCUCGAGACCGUCCGCCAAACACUCAUGACUCACAUGUGGCCCACGAUGGUGCGCAAGGCUCCCGGCCGCCACGCCGCUGGGCCUGAGCAGAGGUUACCCCCCGGUGCGGAGCCGCGGGAGCGCGUCCCAACCAUGGACUACGCGACCUUCCCCGUCACUUUUGGCGCUGGAGCUGACGGGGUGGAGGAGCGUCCAGCUGGGCCUGCGAGUGACUUCCCCGUUGGAUGUGAUGCCGUGUCACAAGAUCCUGCGGCACAAGAUGCGGACGAGGAUAGCGAUGACGGAUUUGGGGACUUUGAGGGACCCGGUGCGGAGGAGUACGCACGCCUUGACGAGUGGCUCGAUGGCGAUGGCGAUGAGGAUAUGCCUGUCGUCCGGGGCGAGGCCACCUCAACGCACGCCCCCGCGACGGCGCACACCGCCCCAGCCAGCUCUGCUCCUCCCGCUGCUACCCUCAACGGCACCAGCACGGCCCCAACCACUGGCUUCGAGGACGAUUUCGAUGCCCACGAGGCCAGUUCCGACCCCAACCUCCCGCUCGAUCCCACGCCAAUUCUCCUGCAUCUGCAAAAUGUGCGUGCCGAGCUCGCAGACGUCGAGGACGAGGACGAACGGCGCGUGCGUGCGGGCGCCGAGGUCGCGCGUCUGAUGCGCUCCCUAGGUCUUGGAGGGGAUGACCUGGGACUGGACGAGUUUGACGACGACGAUCUCCGCAUGCCAUAACCAACGGCGUGCUGGGGACUGCGAGGUCACCGCCACACGUUCCUACUCGCACUCCUGGACCUGGAGGGUGCGGCUGCAACGCGGCGCACUCAGGGGCAGUGGCUUGCUGACGGGGCCUCCACGCAUGCAUGGUUUAAUGAUAUAUGUACUCCUUUUCCUCGCACCUCGUCUCCGCUAUGCAUUACCACAUCUGCAU